GUAUUAUUUCCCAUUAAGGAGUCCUCCAUUUUUUUUAGUUGUGAGAAUCAUCAACUUAAAAAAGUAAAUAAGUCCUCCGAGUGUUAUCUUCAAUCUUCAAACUUUGGAUUCUUGACCGGUUGAUAUUAUUUCUAGUCCUCCGAGUCUUCAUUAAUUCUCUAAUUUCUUGAAUUAGAAGUUUUUCCUGCAAAAAAUAAUAUGUACAAUAUUUUUUUUGACCGGCCUAUGCCGUGCUCAAAAAAUUAAUUAUCUUUACCGAGGAGCUCGGUGUUAGGGUGGUUAAAAUUCGCGUGAAUAAUUAUCGUAACAAGAGCGAUGUCAGUUCGAUAAAGCAACGAUGCUUCGAGUAGUUAUACGACACCGGAGUUAGUACGAUGAAGCGGCGGUGCUUCAAGUAGUUAUUUCGUCGAGACCGAUGUUAGUGCAAAUUAAGUAAGCGAUACAUAGUGAAAUUAGUAUAUCGAAGUGAUCGAUGUUACUUAAUACGAAUUAAGUACGCUGCAGCAGCUUUUUCGAAGAUCGAUGCUACCCCGGCUAACUGAUGCAAUUAUCUUCAUGUCAUGUAGAGACCACUUCCGGAGUGCCUUGUUCAAAGGGCCUGAAGAAUCGGGCGUCCCCGAUAAGGGCUCAGCUGAGACACCGGGGUACCCAAUUCGAUUGGGUCCAGACUUACGAGAAAAUAUGUGCAAGACCGGUGUGUAUAUCAUUCUUGGCCUGUCUCGCACACAAGAAUGAUAUUUACCAACGUGCCAGGCCGGGCCUGUGUCACAUAUUUUAAUAUUUUUUUUAUUAUACUGAGCGAGACCGGUGUAGUAACCAGCGUGCCAAAAAUAAGUCCCAUAAUUUUGAGACCCUCUCUAGUGGGUGGGCCACUGGGAAUUAUCUCUUUUUUUCUUUGUCCAAUUGUUUAUGGAGUAUUGCAUGUGAAUCAAAUAUGCCCACCAAAUAAUUUGAAAUUGAGCCUCCACCAGUUGUAUUUGGAUCAUAUCCCUUUACUGUGCACAUCACAUUAAUUUUUGAGAUUCUCCUUGUCUUCUUCCUUUUAACUUGCCGUGUUAUUUGAGGCCCGAUGAAGAAAUAAGUGAGGGAUCAACCCACGUAGCCCAGUAGCUUUUUUUUGGAUCAAAGCUAAUGUUUUACUCUUUACUUUGUUGGCCAGCAAAUUUCCGUAGCUCUUUCUUUCUUGUUUGAGAUGACCAAGUAGGGCCACAUCCUUCUUAUAUUGAUCAAAUCCUGUUGUGAGGACAAGAGAAAAGAUACAAAGAGCAAAGCCCAUCAUGCACUCAUUUUUUUCAGCACAGUAGCACAACCAUGUGAUCUUGAUCUACUUUCCGGCGUCAGGCUUUGAUGCAAGCACGGGGUAGAUUUCAUUCGAGGUUCGAGACCUCUAGACGUCAACGACGUCGGCGCAUGAGUGGUGGCUGGCCUCAACGACGUCGCUGCAGAGCGGUUGUUUCAGCGACGGCUGCGAUAGUUGUUGGCUUCCGUGGUAACGACAGCGGACCUCAACGGGAGUGCGGGUGCGUGUAUAUUCGGCAGCUUCUGUGGCAGCAAAUUCAAAUGGUGACUUUGAGCACCCUGCACCCUUGCAUUUGUGGAUGCAUGCAGGAAUUCUAGGUGGCCAACAAAAGCUAGUUGGCGGCGACGGUAGUUGAUUUCUACUACAACAUCUAGAUCUGCCCCCCUCAACGCGGUUCGUAGGCGGCGGCAAGUCUCAAGACCAGCGGCGGCGGCGGCGGAUUUGAGCAGCGGUGGCAGCGAUCAACUUCCUCUAUUUGAUAAUGACUUUGGAUUUUAACCGCGGCUAUCCUCACCGUCCGGAGGUUGUGAGGGUGGAUUGCAGCGGCGGUGGCUAUGAACCUUCAGUAUGGCGUUGGCGUGCGGUUGCUGGACCAGCGGCUGUGAUGGACUUGGGCGGCUUAAUCAGUCUAUGGAGGCCGUGCGGCCGAGCAACGGCGGAAGCAAAUCCCGAGAACAAUGGUUGCCGCGGACGGACAUAUUGGACAGCAAAUACGUAGAUGAACUUUGAUCUCUCUCUCGUUUGUGGUAUUCAAUGGGUAAACUCUCGGUCCCACGGGUGGCGCCAAAAUGAUGGCGUAAAUUAUCGACCGGUAUAUCGUUUUUAGCCCGGCUAAAACGAUAAACUAGUCUAAAAAAUAUACCAAACUAUAAACACGAGGAUUUUUACGUGGAAACCCAAAUCGGGAAAAAACCACGGGCCUUUUUUGGCGGUACCUUGCCAACGUGGAAUUUUUAUUAAUAUCAGGGGUGUAUACACGGUACAUGAUUUAGGCAUAGAAGCCAUUAAUGAAAGUUAUGGAAGCUUGAAGCUUCUUUAAAGAAAUAAACUACCAAAUUUCUAGAGAGAGAGAGGAAGUUGGCAGGGGAGAGUGUU